AUGGCGACAUCGUAUAACAGUGGUCCUGAGCUAGCCACGGACUUUGACCAAUGGUUCGCGAGAAAGGUGAAGGGAUCUAUUACACAAACAGACCGUAUACUCUCUCCAGAAUGGGAAAUCCUCAACCUUCGUGCCACCUUGGACAAAUCGACACCAGCUAUCGAAUGCGCACUCUUCCGGCUCCUACCAACUGAGAUAAGACUCAAAAUCUGGAGAAGCGCGCUUCCAGGACCUCGGAUUAUCUAUUUGAAACACAAUUCGAAGAUCAAUCAUGUCAUCUCUGCCCAGCGUCCUCCAGCAAUGCUCCACACUUGCCGAGAGUCUCGCGAAAUCGCCCUGAAGAAGUACAAGCCUUUCUUUGAUCCGCAAUGGUGGUGUCCACCUGGACCAGAGCCGAUUGUCUAUGUCGAUACCGAGAUCGACACCUUCUAUUUGGAUGGUAUCUCACAACGAGAAGCCUUGUGGAGGGACGAGCAGUUCUUUGAGACAUUCCGGACGGAACUUGAUGAUCUCAGCUUCCUUGCCCCUGUCAAACAUCUGUCCUUCAAUGCAAAGGGUUUUGCAGACUUCUUCUUGGCGGGAUCCAUUCUCAACUGUGGUAUUCUCUUCGUCUUUCCACACCUCGAGACGAUUACACUCGCAAUACCAACCCACCUUGUUAACGCCGCCGCCCCGCUAACGUUUCUUGACCUCAUUAACCCGGCACUCGAAAAGAAAGAUCCGACGGGUCCGAGAAGAUUUCGUACUACAGGACCAAUGGAUUUUGAGACCGAGUGCUUCAUUGGUUGCAUAUCUCCUAGGUGGGGAGUGGUGCUUCAAGGGCUGUUGGAUUGGACAGAGUCGAGACUAGAAGCAUUAUCAGAGAUGGUAGGGUGGAAGGCACCGAAAGUUGAGAUCAAAGUGCUGCUGAGAAAUGAGAAAGAAUAG